AGCAGGAACGGUGCCGGUGGCUGUAUUCUCCGGAUGAUAUCGAGAGAAUCCCCCGCGCGGGGCAAACGCGCCCGGAUAAAUUGCUGGCCUCCACAUAAUGACAAUCAUGAAUGGUUGGUUCUGCCCUCCAAUCCUCAGCGACCGGUCACGUUGGAGCAAAUGGAAAAUCUUUUCUCGUCCUGUCCCUUUCCAAUAAUGCCACUUGGAGGGGCAGCUUGAACUAUUAAAGCUGGUGACGUCCCUCGUCAACCCCUCCUUGUCCUUGUCUCCUUCAUCUUCCUCCUCCUUUCGCUAUACAUCUCCUUCGCCUCGAUAUUCCCGCCCUGUACUUUGAGACGCCAUGGCUAGCGCAACCGUUAUCGACAAGCCCAACAUUGGUGUCUUCACCAACACCAACCACGACCUGUGGGUGGCCGAGUCUACGCCCUCUCUCGAGCAGGUCAAGAGUGGUCAAGGGUUGAAGCCCGGCGAGGUGACGGUCGAGGUCCGAAGCACCGGAAUCUGCGGAUCGGACGUGCACUUCUGGCAUGAAGGCUGCAUCGGUCCCAUGAUCGUCACGGGCGACCACAUCCUGGGCCACGAGUCGGCCGGUCAAGUGGUUGCGGUCGCGUCCGACGUCACCCAUCUGAAGCCCGGCGAUCGCGUCGCCGUCGAACCCAACAUUAUCUGCAAUGCCUGCGAGCCCUGUCUGACCGGCCGCUACAACGGCUGUGAAAACGUCCAGUUCCUUUCCACCCCGCCCGUCGACGGAUUGCUGCGACGCUAUGUCAACCACCCCGCCAUCUGGUGCCACAAGAUUGGGGACAUGAGCUACGAAGACGGGGCGCUGUUGGAGCCUCUCAGCGUGUCGCUGGCCGCAAUUGAGCGUAGCGGGCUGCGCCUGGGUGACCCCUGCUUGGUCACCGGCGCUGGUCCCAUCGGUCUGAUCACCCUGCUGAGUGCUCGCGCCGCCGGUGCCAGCCCCAUCGUCAUCACCGACAUCGACGAGGGCCGAUUGGCAUUUGCCAAGUCGCUGGUUCCCGAUGUCCUCACUUACAAGGUGCAGAUCGGCCUGUCGGCGGAGGAGACCGCAGAGGGUAUCGUGAAGGUCUUCAACAACGGACAGAGCUCGGGCCCCGACGUUCUGCGCCCCCGCCUGGCUCUCGAGUGCACGGGUGUCGAAAGCAGCGUCGCAUCCGCCAUCUGGAGUGUCAAGUUCGGAGGCAAGGUCUUCGUGAUUGGCGUGGGCAAGAACGAGAUGAAGAUCCCGUUCAUGCGCCUGAGUACGCAGGAAAUCGACUUGCAGUACCAGUACCGGUACUCGAACACCUGGCCUCGUGCCAUCCGCCUGGUGAAGAACGGCGUUAUCAACCUGAAGAAGCUGGUCACUCACCGUUACACCUUGGAAGACGCCCUCAAGGCGUUUGAAACGGCCGCAAACCCCAAGACGGGCGCCAUCAAGGUCCAGAUCAUGAGCUCCGAAGAAGAUGUCAAGGCUGCUUCCGCUGGUCAGACGAUCUAACUUCGUGCAUUGUAGAGGGGGAACCAAAACCAUAUAUCUGUUCCGGGCGUUGUUGAGAAGGUGACUGGUCACCUUGUUAUACCUUUUUUUUUUCUUUUUUCCUUUCCUUUUCGUUCGCUGUUGGACUUCGCAUUGUGCCAUGACCCUGCCAUGUAAAUUUUAUGCCAAUUUCUUAUUUAGAGAUGCAUGCCGGUUGGGAGCUAUAGAG